UUCUGAACACUGUGCUUAAAGACGAGAAAUAUGGGAAGGAAGUGCUCUCUUCUGUAGCUGAUGUUCAAAUGGGGGCAAGCACAAUGGUCAGGAGAGUGACAGCAAUGUCCGACAACUUGACUGAUCAGCUGGACCAGGAUCUCAGGGAGUGCAGGUGGUUCAGCAUCCAAUGUGAUGAGUCCAUCGACAGCAGCAGCACGGCGCAGCUGAUGAUGUUUGUUCGGAUGGUGUUUCAAGAUUUCUCUACAAAAGAGGAACUUCUCACACUACUCCCCCUAAAAACCAGCACAAGGGGGGUUGAUAUCUACAACGCGGUGAAGGAGUUUUUCAACAACAGAAACAUACCACUGGAAAAGCUGGUGUCGAUUACCACCGAUGGGGCUCCUGCGAUGACCGGACGGCAUGCAGGGUUCAUCGCGCUCUGUAAAAGCGACCCAGCGUUCCCGAAAUUCGUACAGUACCACUGCAUCAUUCACCAGCAGGCCUUAUGUGCAAAGGUGAUCGGCUUCGAGCACGUAAUGACUCCUGUUGUGAGGAUCAUAAACAGCAUCCGUUCCAAAGCUAAACAACACCGAAGUUUCAAGGUGAUGUUGGCGGAGCUGUCGGCUGAAUAUGGGGACCUGCUUCUCCACACGGACAUCCGAUGGCUCAGCAGAGGACGGAUUCUGCUCCGGUUUUUGUCGCUGUUGAGGGAGAUCAAAGAUUUUAUGAAAUCUAGAGACGAAGACACAUCGCUGCUGGAGGACGUUGCGUGGCUACUAGACCUGGCAUUUCUGACGGACAUUACUGGAAAACUGAACAAUCUGAACUGUGCGCUGCAAGGCAAAGGUAAGACUGUUGCCGACAUGAUCAGUGCUUUAAAUGCGUUUAAAGCACAGAUGAGCAUUUUCUCUGCGCAUUUACAGAGAAAAAAGGUGCUGCACUUCCCCUCUUUGCAGAUGGUGCUGAACGACAAUACCUCUGCGUCUGAGAUUUUUGGCAACGCUGCCGAAAAAUACACUCAAGUCAUAAACAGGGUUGGGCAAGAGUUUGAGAAUAGGUUUUGUGACAUUGAUAAACUUGAGCCAUGUGUGUCGUUCGUUUCGAAUCCAUUUAUAAACGUGGACACAACGUCCAUUGCUGAGCAACUAAGUGCAAUGUUCAGCUUGGAUGCUGGGCAGGUGGAAAUAGAAAUAGUGACACUGCAGAAUGACAUUCGCCUCAAAGCCCACCAGGCUGCAGCAAACUUUUGGGGCCUUGUUGAUACUGAAAAGUACAGUGGUCUGUGCACAGCAGCAAUGAAGGUUGCCAGUCUGUUUGGGUCUACCUAUCUUUGUGAAUCAGCCUUUUCUGACAUGAAUUUCAUAAAAAACGAACACAGAACACGGCUCACUGAUGCACAUCUGCAAGACUCACUCAGACUUGCAGUGUCAAAUUACAGCCCAGAUUACGAGGCCCUGGUUGCCAGCAUGCAAUGCCAGGCUUCCCAUUAAAACUUAUGAAAGAUUGUGAUGGAUUAAAUAGGCCUAUAAAUACUUUUGUUUAAUGUUAUGUUGUUCUGUUUGAUGGUGAUUACAGUGAAAUAGAAAUAAAGUGCUGAUUUUGA